UUAAUUUCUAACCGCAGUCACUUCUUUACCAAUUAAAAAUAACAUAACAAGAUCCACAGAGAGUCCGAUCUGCUACUGUCUUUCCGAAGCCACCCCUUUUCACAGAGUCCAUCUAGAGAGAGAGAGAGAGAGAGAGAGAGAGGUGAACCCAGCUCCAGUUUUCGGGUUGGUUGCUCAGAAAGCUGAAAUGGGUAUUUCUGAGUUUGUGCGUUCUAUUGAUUGGGAGCAUGAAUCAUACCCAGAAUAUCGAGAUUUCGCAGUCCUUCCCUUCUUUGCUCUGUUCUUCCCAACUGUUCGUUUGCUUCUCGACAGAUUUGUAUUUGAGAAAGUGGGUAGACGAUUGAUAUUUGGGAAAGGACAGCAGACGAUUGCUGUUGAGACAGAUGACAGAAGAAAGAAGAUACGUAAGUUUAAAGAGUCGGCAUGGAAAUGUGUUUAUUAUCUUUCAGCGGAGCUUCUGGUGCUGUCUGUUACUUAUGAUGAGCCUUGGUUCACUAACACAAGUUAUUAUUGGGUGGGGCCUGGAAACCAGGCCUGGCCUGACCUGAAAACUAAGUUGAAGUUGAAAGCAGUAUACAUGUACGUCGCUGGAUUCUACACAUAUGCCAUAUUUGCUUUAAUUUUCUGGGAAACAAGGCGCUCUGACUUCGGGGUGUCGAUGAGCCAUCAUGUUGCAACUGUCAUUCUAAUUCUUCUCUCUUACAUAUUAAGGUUUGCUCGUGCUGGCUCUGUUAUAUUAGCUCUUCAUGAUGCUAGUGAUGUAUUUCUAGAAGUAGGGAAGAUGUCUAAAUACAGUGGCGCAGAAAGUCUCGCUAGCUUUGCGUUUAUUCUUUUUGUUUUGUCUUGGAUCGUACUUCGCCUCACUUACUUUCCAUUCUGGGUGCUCUGGAGUACCAGUUAUGAAGUUCUCCUGACCGUAGACAAGGAAAAGCACAAGGUGGAUGGACCAAUUUACUAUUACGUGUUCAAUUCUCUCCUUUAUUGCCUGCUUGUUCUUCACAUUUAUUGGUGGGUGUUGAUGUAUCGGAUGCUUGUCAAACAAAUACAAGCAAGAGGCCAACUUAGCGAAGAUGUUCGAUCUGAUUCCGAAGGUGAAGACGAACAUGAAGAUUGAUCAUUAUAAGGAUUUUCCAUCAUUGGUUAAUAUGUGUGAAGGUAGAGUGCGGUUAAAACCCUUUCACAGUUGUAUACGGUUGCUCAGCGUGUAGAUCAUUUCUGUAUAUUCUUUUGGGACAUGACGGAAAAGCAAGUCAAGGAGGGUGGCAAGGGGGCUGAGGUUUUUUAUUUGUGAUUCCGAAACUAUGCUGAUCUUCUGCACUUGCUGUCUUAGAGAGGAGAUUGUUACAAGGAAAUUGUAAGUAAAUUUAUCUGGGCGUAAUGUUGCUACAAGGAAAUUAUUCAGUCAAAAUGAAAUUGCGAUGCUUAUCCUGUAAGGCUGUAACAGUUGAGCUUGUUGUUCGUAGUGAAGUUGGUGAGCAGUAUUUGCUCUCUAUUUUU